UUUCCGACUCGCUCUUCCCACUCACUUGACCCACCUCCUUCCCUUCCCUUCCCUUCCUCCUUCUCCUUCACUAUAUGUGAAACAAACUGUUCUCUUCGUUAAUGCGAAGCUCGCAAAUCUUGGACGCCCUUUCACUUCGCAUUUUCAUGACUCUCAUGCCUCGAGUUCACUGCUUAUUGUUUCUUGCUGCCUUCUUGUGCCUUGUUGCUGUUUUCGUCGCCGGCGAUGGUGAGACUGAUCCGCUUUACAAGGACUGUGUGGACCAGUGCAAGAAAUCUGGAUGUGUAGGGAAUAGAUGCUUUCAACAUUGUAAAUUCUCUUCUGAUGGAAAACCAAUUGAUGGCCCAUGGUAUACGAAUGAACCUCUCUACCUAAGGUGGAAACAGUGGGACUGUCAGACCGAUUGCUGGUAUCACUGCAUGCAGUCUAGAGAGGAAGAACGAAUGAAACUUGGUGACAAGCCUGUCAAGUAUCAUGGAAAAUGGCCAUUUCGGCGUGUCUAUGGGAUUCAGGAACCCGUAGCUGUUGCACUCUCUGCCCUUAAUCUUGCUAUGCAGUUUCAUGGUUGGGUAUCCUUUUUCAUUCUUGUGUACUAUAAGCUCCCUUUAAGGCCAGAUAAGAAGACUUAUUAUGAGUACACUGGCUUGUGGCAUAUCUAUGGGGUCCUAUCAAUGAAUUCAUGGUUUUGGAGCGCUAUUUUCCAUAGUAGAGAUGUGGAAUUCACCGAGAAGCUAGAUCACUCAUCUGCUGUGGCCUUACUUGGAUUUUCCCUCCUUCUAGCAUUACUGCGUGCUUUUAAUGUGAGAGAUGAGGCAGCGAGAAUCAUGGUUGCUGCUCCCUUGAUUGCUUUUGUGACAACUCAUAUUCUGUAUCUGAAUUUCUACAAACUUGAUUAUGGUUUGCACAUGAAAGUCUGCAUGGCAAUAGCAAUUACCCAUCUCCUUAUUUGGGCAAUUUGGGCUGGUGUUUCACGCCAUCCAGGGCUGUGGAAACUGUGGCUGGUAGUGGUGGGAGGAAAUCUGGCUAUGCUCUUUGAGAUAUACGAGUUCCCCCCUUACAUGGGCUAUGUGGAUGCUCAUGCACUUUGGCAUGCAACGACCAUUCCAAUUACAUACCUUUGGUGGAGUUUUGUAAGGGAUGAUGCUGAGUUUAGGACCUCCACACUCCUCAAGAAGGUAAUAUAAUGUUGGCUCAAUGGACAUAAUUCAGAUGGUGGAUCGGUUCAGAUCAUCAAGGACAUGCCUUGAUUACUUUGUUAAUACAUCCCUAGUUUUUUAACUUUUUCCUCGUGCAUGCAUUUGUUUCAAAUGCUUACCACGAUGGCCCCCACUUUGUUUUUGUUUCUGUUUUUCCCCCCAGUAUAUGAGGGAUGCUACUUCCUUUAUUGGAAUUUAGAUUUAGAUUUGCAUAUGCCUAUUUCUCAUAACCCAUGCCUCCAAAAAAUUCAUAGUAAGAAGCACACCGUAUCGUUGAUAUAAAUUGACAAAUAUCUAUGUAAUAGAAGGCGAAGUUUACCAUAAUAGAUGUUUAAGCGUAUCUUAUUUUUCAAAGUUUCAUUUUUUACAAGUUAUUGGUU